AUGGGUCAAAGCGAGGUCGUGGGCGUGGCUUCCCCGGACCCGGAAGCGCGUGGCAGUGCCGGCUCCGUGGCGACCCAGGGCGCGGCGAGGGCACUUGGUUCGACUCGACAUCCACUAACCAAACGACCAGCAGCAGCAGCACCACCAAGGCAACGAGACGAAGCUCGCAGCAGCAUGCAUUCGGACAAGUCCUGCAUCCGCCUGAGGGUCCUCACUCUUAACUGCUGGGGCAUUCGGUACCUAAGCAAGCAGUGCAGCGAACGCUAUGACCUCCUGCAGAAGCGCCUACUCGCCGAAAAGUACGACAUCGUGAUGCUGCAGGAGGUGUGGAGUGAGAAAGAUUACUUGCAAAUAAAGGACAGCACCAGGGAGACCUACCCACACUCGCAUUACUUCAGGAGUGGAGUCAUUGGGAGUGGCCUGUGCAUCCUCUCCAAACACCCGCUCGUGGACACCCUGCUUUUCAAGUAUUCCGUCAACGGCUACCCAUACAUGGUGAACCAUGGAGACUGGUUUGGAGGCAAAGCCGUUGGCUUGGCUGUGAUUGACAUUGGAGGAAUCACCGUCAACACUUACAUCACACAUCUGCAUGCAGAGUACAACCGCGAGAAGGAUGCCUACCACCCACACCGCGUGCUGCAGGCCUGGGAGCUUGCCCAAGUCAUCCGUCACACAUCGCACGUGGCCAAUGUGGUUCUCCUUGGAGGAGACCUCAACAUGCACCCGGGGGACCUGGGAAAUCGGUUGCUACGCUCGGUGGCCGGCCUCACCGACUCGUAUGAGAAGGCCCAAAAAUACGAGGGGCCACAGGAUGGGUGCACGCUGCUGCCUCAGAACUGCUUUACCUGCAAAAAUGAGCUGGCUACCUUUCCAAAUGGAAUUCGCAUCGACUACAUUUUGUACAAGGGUGUGGCCGGGUUUUCCAUGAGCUGUGAAGCCGUCCACACGACCACAGGGAUAAGCAUCGAUGGACAGGGGUUGCCUCUCUCGGACCACGAGUCUGUGACUGCCACCCUGCUCAUAAAAAUUCCCGAUCCCAAACUCGCCAAGCCAUCUCCACUAGCCGAAAGCUCAGAGGAGCAGGAAGUGCUGGAGGAGGCGCGUGCAGAAGUGGCACGGGGCUUCCGCCACGCAGAGCGCCGCCGCACUCUGUCAGCGCAGCUGGGCUCGCUGUCCGGUGGGCUGCUGCUCCUCCAGGUGGUGGCGCUGGUGGCCUCCACCCUGCGAUGGAUGCUCAUCUCGGGCUCCCAGCCGGACGACCCUGGACUCUCGUCAACGCUCUUUUGCUCGUCGGAGUUGGGCAUGUGCGCGCUGGCCACCGCGGUCGUCGCACUCGUCAUGUACAUUCUCUUCUCGGCCGAGAGCAAGGCCCUGCGCGGUGCCGAAGAGGAGAUCAAGACCAAGAUGAAUCGGAGGGGGGCUGAUCCGUAAGGCCUGAAAUUUUGUGAUGAAGUAAAAACACAUUGCCGAACGAUGUAGCGGGUUGCGUACUCGCGGCUGAACCUGCCUCGUAUUUAAAACAA